AGGAGCGCACAGUGUCAGCCGCCGGCGCCCGCGAGCGCCACUCCAAUAUAGAUGCCGACGUAACGCCAGAUCGCAUCACGGCAGACAUGGGCCGCAGCGCGGUCAGUGACUCCGGCUCCAGCUCAUCCAGGCUGUCCGUGACCAAAAUAUCCCGCGCCCCUGGAGACGCUGACGACGUGCUGGAGACGGCCCUGGACCAACUGGGACCCUUCGGCUUUUACCAGCGUUAUGUGAUGGUGUUGCUGUGCAUACCCAAUCUGUUUGCAGUCAUGUAUAGUUUGAAUUACGUGUUCGUUGCUGACCAAGUUCCAUUCCGGUGCACAGUGCCUGAGUGCGAAGGCCCGUACAGUAACUUCGCCAAUGAGACGGCGACGGCGCUGCUGCCCAACGUCACCUGCCACCGGUACGAGCCCUUACAGCCGGACAAGACUACCUGCGACAGGGACCACUUCCACAGCAGCUCCAUCAUCAAUUGCGAGCACUUCGUUUACGAGAAUCAGAACACCAUAUUUGCAGAGUUCGACCUGGCGUGCCGCGAGUGGAUGCGUACGAUGGUGGGUACGGUGCGCAAUGCUGCGCUACCGUUCGCCCUCAUACUCACCGGUUACAUGUCCGACCUACGUGGUCGCCGCACAGCGUUCUGCGUCUUCUCAGCUUUCGCAGCCAUCAUGGGCAUUAUAAAGGCUUUCUCCAUCAACUACUACAUGUACCUGACGCUGGAGUUCUUGGAAGCAGCACUGGGCUACGGGUUCAAUAGUGCUGCCUACGUCAUGAUGGUGGAAUUGGCGCGGCCGUCUCUGCGCGCGGCGUUUAUCUGCGCAACAGGCGUGGCAUACGGUCUGGGCGGCGUGAUGUUCGCGUUCAUCGCCCGCGGCAUCCCGUACUGGCGGCACCUGCUGUGGACCAUCCACACGCCGGCCCUGCUGCUGCCCGUGUACCGGCUGCUGGUGGACGAGAGCCCGCGGUGGCUGCACGCGAGGGGCCGCACGCGCGACGCCGCCAACGUUAUACGUAAAGCGGCCAGGCUCAACAAGGUGAUACUAGACGAAGAAGUGAUAAAGGCCCUGGAAAACGACGAGGUGAAGAAGGAAGUGAGAGAGAGCAGCGCGUGGAUGGCACUGGUGAGGUCCCGCGUGCUGAUGACGCGGUUCGCGCUGUGCUGCUGGUGCUGGAUCGCGUCCACGUUCGUGUACUACGGCCUCACCAUCAACUCGGUAACGCUGGCCGGCGACAAGUACGUCAACUUCGCGCUCAACAUGGCUAUGGAGAUCGUCGCCUCGCUCCUCAUCAUGAUGGCCCUCGAGAGGUUCGGCCGCAAGCGCAGCAUAUUCGUCGCGUUUCUGCUCUGUGGCGUAGCUUGCGUCGUGCCAUAUUUUGUUUCCAGCUCCCGGCUGGGCUUCUUCUUCCUGGGCAAGCUGGCGAUCACGUUCGCGUUCAACUCUGUGUACGUGUUCACGGCGGAGCUGUUCCCGACGCACGCUCGCAGCUCCGCGCUGGCCGCCUGCUCCCUCGUCGGACGCGUCGGCUCCAUCCUCGCGCCGCAGACUCCGCUCCUGAGUACGUACGUGCAAGCGUUGCUGUACGGCGUGUGCGCGCUGCUGGCCGCGCUCUCGGUGCUGGCGGUGCCGGAGACUCGGCGGGCGCGGCUGCCGCAGUCCGUGCAGGCGGCCGAGGUGCUGCGCGAGGGCGCCCCCCACGCGGACUCCACCGCACCGCCCCCCGCGCCGCCGCUCCUCGCCCGCCAAACCCCGCUCACCGCCAGCACAUGACACCUCUCAUACACUCCAGUCAGGUGGGACAAGGGAUCGGCUCUCGACUAUGAGUACCUGAUGCUGACCAUCGCCUUGUGAGACAUCUUGAAACCCGACCUGUUCGUAAUAUAUUGUUUUGAAUAACAACUGUUUAUUAUAAACAAACUCUAUUCAAAAGAGC